CUUUGUGUCUCUUGUUCUCUGUCUUCUAUUUCAUAACAAUCCCUCUUUUUUUUUAUGCUUAACUUGCCGAAGAAACAAUGAUAACACGACUGGUCAAUACACGUUGACUAUUUGACUCUUUAUUAUAGCUGUGUUUAUUCCCUUUUCUUCUUAGCUUUCGAUACCACCUUGGAUCUCUCUCACUCACACUUAGGGUUUUCGUAUCUACCAUCUACAACUUCAAAGUUUCUUAAUACUAAGAUGGAAGGAGGAAGUAAUCUUGAUUCUCAGAUAGAAUCACUAUUGAAUGUUGAGAAGCAAGCGAGACUUGAGGGAGACGUAUCUUCUACCAAGAAAGCAGCUAUGGAUAUUAUACAACUCUGUUAUCAAGCUAAAGCUUGGAAAACCCUAAACGAUCAGAUCCUUGUUUUGUCGAAGAGAAGAGGUCAAUUGAAACAGGCAGUAACUGCUAUUGUCCAACAAGCAAUGCAAUAUAUUGAUGAGACGCCAGAUGUUGAAACUCGAAUUGAUCUAAUCAAAACGCUAAACACUGUAUCUGCUGGAAAGAUAUAUGUGGAAAUAGAGAGGGCGAGACUUGUCAAAAAACUUGCAAAGAUUAAGGAGGAGCAGGGUGAGAUUGCUGAAGCGGCUGAUUUGAUGCAAGAAAUUGCUGUGGAAACUUUUGGAGCAAUGGCAAAAACAGAAAAGAUAGCGUUCAUUCUAGAACAGGUUCGUCUGUGUUUGGACCGUCAAGAUUAUGUGCGAGCUCAGAUCCUAUCAAGGAAGAUUAGUCCACGAGUUUUUGACAUUGAUGCUUCAAAAGAAAAGAAAAAGCCUAAGGAGGGUGAUAAUGUUGUUGAAGAGGCUCCCGCUGAUAUACCUUCUCUCUUAGAGUUGAAGCGGAUCUAUUAUGAACUAAUGAUACGGUACUACUCCCACAAUGAUGAUUACCUUGAAAAAUGCCGUUGCUACAAAUCAAUAUAUGAUAUUCCAUCUGUUAAAGAAGAUCCGGCCCAAAUGGUGCAGGUAUUAAGAAAGAUCUGCUGGUUCAUAAUCUUGGCGAAACACGAUCCAAUGCAGUCAAGCCUCCUUAACUCCACUUUGGAAGAUAAGAAUCUCUCUGAGAUCCAGAAUUUUCGGGUCUUACUGAAGCAGAUCGCCACAAUGGAGGUCAUCCAGUGGACAUCUCUUUGGGAAGCAUACAAAGCUGAGUUUGAGAACGAGAAGAAUAUGCUUGGAGGAUCGUUGGGGGACAAAGCUGCAGAAGAUCUAAAGCAGAGAAUCAUUGAACACAAUAUCCUGGUUGUAUCUAAAUAUUACUCAAGGAUUACCAUGAAGAGAGUCGCACAGCUGCUAUGCCUUAGUCUCGAGGAGGCUGAGAAACAUCUGUCGGACAUGGUUGUUUCUAAGGCCCUAGUGGCGAAGAUUGACAGGCCAAUGGGAAUAGUAUGCUUCCAAACAGCAAAGGACAGCAACGAGGUUCUCAAUUCAUGGGCAGUGAACUUGGAGAAGGUGCUUGAUCUUGUUGAAAAGAGUUGCCACCAAAUCCAUAAGGAAACUAUGGUCCACAAAGCUGCUCUUAAAGUCUAGUGUACCUUGUUUCACCAAUGGUUAGUGCAAUGAUGCAACUUCCUAUUUUUUGGACAAACUGGGUCUAAUCAUCUACCAGCAAAUCCUUGAUAUAUUUCUCAAUUGUGACCUGGUCGUGGAAGGUGUUUAGUUGGUAACAUUCUUUCUUUUUUAGUAUAUGUGGACCACAAGAUGCUUUUAGUUAUGUUUAUGUUUCAAAUUUGGAAAAGUUGUAUACUAUGGUUAUAGAGUGAGAGUUCACAGAAACAUCGUCUCCCACUGACUAACAACCAACUGAUUCAAAAUCUGGAAAGGGCUGCAACACAUUUGUAUUAGUAGUCGAAAGAAAAUUAAGUUAUUUGUUUUAAA